AUGGCCGCUGGGACUGCGCCAUCGGUCAUCACGCGAAUGACGCCGACUGUGAUGAACGCUCCUGCUGCUGUCACCCCAGAACAGGUACGAUCACGGCAGCCUAGUGUCUAUCCUGGCCCACCAGCUUCUGUAAUGCCUACUCAAGAGUGGGGCGCUGCUGUCCAUGAGACGAUGAGAAAGCCUAGCAACGUUCCGAGUAACAUAUUUCCAGCCCCAUACGCAUCGUCGAUGAAGGGCUUUGUUCAGAGUACGGCGGGUGAGAAAGUAGGAGGUGGGCAAUCACCUUCGGCUGUGUCUUGGGGUAGCGGUAAGAAAGAUCACACUGUCAAGGCUUCUUGGGGCAAGGAACUUAAGAAGGAUACCGGUUGGGGUAUCAGCAGUGACAACGGUUGGCAAGAGAAGAACCUUAAGGGGGACGACAAAAAGGGCUGGUACUCAACCGAUGAUGAUCAGGCCGGAGGCUUGAACGAGGCCGAUGACAACAAGAAGAUCCAGGCGGACAGUGACUGGAACAGGAAAGACAACGGCUGGGGCAACCCCCCAUCAUCUCCAAAACAAGAGCGAGUCGACAAGAUGAACGACUGGGCCGGUCUCAAAUCCGCCUUGACAUCCGCUUUUGCCAACCCACCAGCCCCAGCCCGAGCCCCAGCACCAGAAGUCCCCUGGCGAAACCAAGCAUGGAAUUUCCCCGCCGACAAUGCCGUACAGCCCACUAUCCAACAACCCGCUAUCACACCUUUUAAUUCCGCCCCAGCACAAGUACCUGAUGGGGUCGAUCCGCCCAACCGACGCAUGAGCAACAAAACCCUCUCUCGAUACCGUCCCAAUCAUAACUUCCCCUCCCGCAUCAUUCCCAAACCCACGCCAAAGUUUACAGCGCAACCGCACUGGCAGUUCCCUCCUCCUCCUUCUACUUCCACAUCCAAGAACGUGCUGCACGCCGACAACCCGAACGAUACAUACAUCGCACCCGCAGAACCGCGCCUCACCAUCAGCAAAUCCGCGUCCAGCAAGAGCGGUAUCGAACACGCCGUCCGCGCGGGUAAAGCGACAGAGUACGGUCAUGUAGUUGGUCGACCUGAGUAUCUAGAUCGUUUAGAGAAGCCGUAUGCGGUGUUUCGGUUUAAGUAUCGGAGUGAGGGGGUACUGAAAGGACUGGGUGUACUUGAUGAGGGGGAUAUGGACGUUGCUAGAGAUGGGGAGAAGGAGAACCAGAAGGUAGAGAAGUUGAAGCGUGUGCCGCAGGAGGAGCUCAUCGCGAAGAUGUUGGCUUUGGAGAGAAAGUUGAAGGGUAAAGAUGAUGGAGAGGGUACUACUGGUGGGGGGAAGGAGAGGAAACACAGUAAGAAGAGCAUCGACAAGGAGAAACAGAAGUCGAAGCAGAGGCGGUCGAGUGAGAAAAAGGAUGCGCAUGGCGACGGCCGGGUUAAGGACUUUACGGAGCAGUGGGUUGAGCGGCAUUCGAGAGACCCGAGUACAAAGGCGAAGAGUGCGGUUGCUAAGGAUGUGGGUUGGGAGGGGAAUAAGGAGAGGAAGGAGAAGGAAGUAGUGGGAACGUGGGGACAGGAUGUGAAUGAGGGAUGGGGAGGUGGAGAUGUGACAUGGUAG